UUGAGACAAGGGAAGUGUCGUUUGCAGCGAGCAGGCGAAGGUUCACUUUAUUUUCAAGAAAGAAAGAAGAUAAUCAAAAUGGCGAGCAACGAAGGACCAGGGGAAUCCAUGGAUUUUCAAAACCAGGAUCAUACGACGGAUUUAUCUCAGACUGAGAUGGAUCCUCUAAAAGAAAAAGUCCUACUGACUCUCUCGUUGAAGUGGUUGGAUAAGAACAAAAAGAAGACAGAUCUACAAAAAUCCCUCCAGACUCGGUUCAAUAAAUUAAAAACUAAAAUAGACUGCACAGUUCAAGAGGUCUUACCAGAUGGACGAGCUCUGAUUCUGGUUUCACCUCCUCCAGGUCUCAAAGAGCUUCAGAAGCUGAGUGGAAAAACACUUUAUACAAAAGACAAAAAACAAUUAGUCACCAUUCUGUCUGUAAUGCUGGAAAUACCAAAGCAGGAUCCACAAACAGCAGACGAUGCUUCAGUGAAUCCGACACCUCCAGCUGCUUCAGUAAACCCCAAAGAUGCUGAUUCCAAGCCUCCAGCUGACAAAGCACAUGUUGAAGAACAGAAGAAACCAGUUUCUGCAGCAGGAGACCCUCCUGUCCAGAAUCAAACGAUGGAUGAAAGCUGCGUUCUGUCAGUGAAUCAAUUCUUGUAUGUGAGCCACAUCUUCAAGGAGAAGCUGCAGCGCAUACAGGAUGAGAAUGAAGUUGAAAUCAAGCCAGAGGUCACUGUGAAAUUUGAAUCCAAGGGUAAAGAUGGAAAACCAAAUGAAGCAAAGACAAAGUUCACAGAUGUUGUCCAGGAGUGCUUGGCUGAUUUCAGUGGUUCAGUUUUUUCUCCGAGCUCUGCAGAGCCAGAUCAGUUGAACAGAGCAUUUAAAGUCAUCAUGAACAGGGAAAACAAACUUUUAGCCAACAUAUCCUCUGAAGAAAUGACAGUUUUUGGACCAAGUGCCCAACGAACGGUUCUUGAUUCAAUGUUAAAAUCAUCACAUAAAACCAGCAGUGGUUAUGAAGAGUCUGAUCGUCGGUCUUCGUCUCCAAACUUCAAUAGUGAUCUCCUGGUGAAAAUCAACAUGACAAUCAAAGAUGAUCUUGCUGAUAAAGGUCUGACCAUAGAUAAGGACCAGUGGAAAAGCCUGAAGUCUUCUUAUGAUAACCACCUUGCAGUGAUCAAAGCUAAGUUCAAUGUGGAUUUUAAGGAAUCCAGCAUCAGUGAGGGCAAAGUUAAUGUCCAACCAUCAUAUAAAGGACAUGGAGGAAACCCAGCAAUGGAGAGCCAUGCUGUCAGAGCUCUGCUGCGUCUGUACCAGAAGAUUAGGGCGUCACCAAGACCACUUCCUCCACCUUAUGGUGCCACUGGGCUCAGUGGUUCUGAAGAGGCGUCCAAUGGAGCUGGAGUUAAUGAUCAUUCAACACAAAACAAUAAAAAAUCAGCAGCAGAGGGAGCAACAGGGGACAACAAAGAAGACAUAUGUCCAAUAUGUUUGUCUGAUUUUACUAAUAAGAAGCAACUGAAGUGUAAACAUGCAUUUUGUGAGAGGUGCGUUCAAAAAGCAGUGAAACACAGUGGACCCAUCUGUCCGAUAUGCAAGGAUGUUUUUGGUGUGAUGGUGGGAAACCAACCUGAUGGAAGAAUGACUUGGAAUAAAAUUUCCUACCCUUUACCUGGAUUCCCAAAUUGUGGCCAUAUAUGCAUCACCUACGACAUUCCAAGUGGAAAACAGACGGAAAAUCAUCCAAAGCCUGGUCAACACUAUGGAGGAACUACCAGACAUGCAUAUCUUCCUGACAACAAAGAGGGAAAUGAAGUUCUGCUUCUCCUGAAAAAAGCUUUUGAUCAGAAGCUGAUUUUCACUGUUGGGACUUCUAGGACAAGUGGGGCCGAUAACAUGGUGACCUGGAAUGACAUCCACCACAAGACGUCCAUGACAGGAGGACCAGAGUGUUACGGGUAUCCAGAUGAGAAAUACCUGAGCAGAGUCAAGGAGGAGCUGAAGGCCAAAGGCAUUGAGUGAAGUUUUUGUUUUACAUUUAGUGAAACUUUAGUUCAAAAAUCUGACAAAUUGAAUUUCCACAUUUUGUUCCAUCAUGUUAGAUGUUUUAUAAUAAAUAAAACUUAAUGGUUACUUUGAAGUUCACUGAAAGCUGAAGACUUUCUAUCAAAAUAUAACUAAACAAAUCAGUGUUUUGAAAGAUUUACCUGCUUGUUUAUUUUUUUCUUUACAUUUAUUAUGUGAAUCACAGUGUAAUUUGCAUAUAAUCAAAUGUAAUAUGAUUAUUGGGUUGGGUUUUUCAAAAAUAAAUGAAUAAAUUUAUAUUCAACAGAA